UUGAACUGGAGGAACAGCUUAUGUGCUGCUAGGUGCUUUGCCAAGCUCUCCCGCUUCUGUCCGCCGCCGCGCCUGGGCGUUGGCAAGAGGAGGCUGGUCUAUAGGACUGGGUCGAACUGGAAGAAGCCGCCAAAGAACAUGACAAUCAGGAUCCCGCCGAACGGGCGAUACGCGUCGUCCCUGUAUUCACUG